ACGGACUUAACCCAACUCCUACUCCCACUCGUCCUAGGACUGUCCCACUAACUACAGGUUCUCACUCUAAUGAAUCAAGUCUCAACUCUCAACUCUCAAAUUCGAUCUCGGCUGGCUCUCGCAGACUCGCAUUGCUCUGCUCGUGCUCUCGUUCUCUGUGUUUCGUCUUUCCUCUUUCCACUGCUGCUCUCGACUUCCGUCUUCGAGUUUCGACCUCCGUCUUCCUUCCUCCAUUCUCGGCUUCUCGCACGUCUUUCUUGGGGACCUCUCCGCCGCGUCGUCGGCGAGCUUCGAUGGUCUUGUCUUGCUGUCCUUCGUCAUCCCUGAUACUGACAGUGAGCUUUGAGGGUCUGGUCCGUCGUCCGUCGUCACUGAGAGUGAGCUUCAGGCAGCUACUCUCCCUCUCUCUCUCCCACUCGAUUCAGGGAUUCUAUCUGGCGUGGAGUUAUCGUUAUUCUUUUUUCUCCUUUGGCUGAUUUGCAACGGAGUUCAGAGAUCGUAUUAGACAAUGGUGUUCUGUGAUCACUGUGGUAGAAAUGUAAAUGGAAUGCGACCGGAUGACACUUCAUUAUGUUGUGAACGCUGUGGGAAGGUGUUGGAAGAUUUGUAUCUUACUCAAGAGGCCACUUUCGUUAAAGAUGCAUCUGGGCAGAGCAAACUAUCUGGUAAUUUUGUAAGAACAAUUCAAAGCGAGUAUUCUGCUUCCCGCCAAAGAACAUUAGAGAGAGCACUUGAAGACAUAAGAUACCUAAGCCAAAACCUUGGAGUGGAGGAUACUAAUUUGUCCUCACAAGCAUUGGCCUUCUAUAAAAUAGCAAUUGAACGGAAUUUCACAAGGGGACGAAAAUCAGAGCAAGUACAGGCUGCCUGUCUAUACAUUGCAUUCCGGGAAAAUAAUAAGCCAUUCCUUCUCAUUGAUUUUUCAAAUUAUUUGAGGACAAAUGUUUAUGUUCUAGGUGCAGUUUUUUUACAACUUUGUAAAGUAUUAAGGCUUGAAGAGCACCCAAUUGUUCAAAAACCUGUUGAUCCUAGUCUUUUUAUUUUUAAAUAUACAAAGAAUUUAUUAAAUCAAAGGAAUAUGGUUGUCACGGAAACUGCACUGAGCAUUGUUGCAAGCAUGAAACGUGAUUGGAUGCAGGUCGGGAGAAAGCCUAGUGGCUUAUGUGGUGCGGCAUUGUACAUAGCUGCCCUUGCCCACGGUUUUAAAUGCUCAAAGUCUGACAUCCUAAGAAUUGUCCAUGUAUGUGAAGCAACAUUGACCAAGCGUUUGGUUGAGUUUGAGAAUACAACCUCUGCAAGCUUGACUGUUGAGGAGUUGAAUACGAUGGCAAAAGAGCGUGAAAAAAUUCCUAUAGAAAAACCAAAUUGUGGAUCAGAGGAACAUGCCUCAAAGGAUCUACUGUGUGAACACAAGGAUAGUGGUGUCCCACAUUAUGCCCAUGGAUUAUGUGAAACAUGCUAUAAGGAUUUUGUUAAACUCUCUGGAGGACUUGAUGGUGGUUUGGAUCCUCCUGCAUUCCAGCGUGCUGAGAGGGACAGAAUAACAAAAUCUCUUUGCGAGGAAACUGGCAACCAAUCAAGUGAUUUGGCAAAAGCAUCAAAUGGUGCAUGUGCUGGCGGGAAAGACGAGUUGCAUGCUUCUGGGCUUGAAAGUGUUGGGGCUGAUGUUGAGCAAAUGGCUACUAAAGAUGGUGGGAAUGAUGAAUCACAUAGAGAAGAUACGAGUUCUAAAACUCAUGAUGAUUCAGAAAGUCUAUCUGAUAUUGAUGAUUUGGAGGUUGAAGGCUACCUUCACAAUGAGGAGGAGAAGCAUUACAAGACGCUUAUAUGGACUGAAAUGAAUAGGGAGUAUCUUGAGGAGCAAGCAGCCAAGGAAGCAGCCGCUGCUGCUGCUAAGGAAGCUUUUGAGGCAAAUUUUCAAAAUUGUUCUGAGGAUAUGCGAGCAGCAAAAGAGCUUGCUGAAUCUGCUGCUGCAGCUGUAGCCAAAUCCAGAAAGGAAAAGAAGCAGAGACGUGCUGAAGAGGCAAAAAAUUCAGGGCCUGCACAAUCUGCUGCAGAGGCUACUCGGAAAAUGUUGAUAAAUAAGAGGCUCAGCUCCAAAGUCAAUCUUGACCGCUUGGAUAAUCUAUUUGAUGAUAUUGAGGCUCCGGAGAGCAAGAAAGUACGAUUUGAGCUGCACUCUGACAAAGAUGGUAAAUUAGAGCCUGAGCUAGAGGACAAAGACAAUGGUCAUCUGGGAUCAGUUGAUGAACUUGAGGAUGGAGAUUAUAUGGGCAAGGAAAAUUAUUUGUAUGAUGAAAAUUUGGAGGAAUAUGACUAUGGAGAUGAUUAUGGCGAUGAUACUUACUGACAUGUUGCCAGAAGCUUUCUGCUUAAUUUUCUGUGGAUUUCUAGGAUCAUGAUUUAACAUGGCUGGCACUAGGUGAACUAAUUGUCUGAAAUCUUAGUGGAUGCUGUGCUUCCUUGCCCUAUUUCACUGAGCUUCCUUGUAUAGUCGUGGGGUCUUCCUGUACCUCAAAUAAAUUAUUUCCCUUUUCCCGUAGUUUUCCCUCCACGCCUGGGCUUGGUGCUUCAGGAGUUUUGAUUUCUCCCACAAGGUAAUUUCCUUUCGUCUUAGUCUGAGGGUCAUGCUAGAAUAGAUUGAACUGUGUAAAAAUAAAGUUUCAAUAAUAUGUUCUCAUUAAUUAUUAGAUAUUCAAUUCCCUUCA